CAAAUACAGUGGGCCCAAGUAAAAAAAAAACGCAAAACAAAAGGAAAAAUAAUUGCCACUGUGCGGACGUGUGUUGAGUUUCGGAUUGUUUGGAGUCCCGUUUAUGUUUUGAAGAAUCUGAAUUUUCACAAGCUCGAUAUAUUGAAAACCACAAACUAUCAACUACCAAUUGAAGUGAACUCGGAGGACGACGCACCUGAACUUGGGGACAGAAUCAUGGCAGAAGCGGUGAAAACAGAUAACACCAGUCAGCAAAGGCCUCUAGAUGGUGGAGGCGGAGGAGGAAGUGGAGCCGGCAGCGGCGGAGGGGGCGGAGGAAUCCCCAAGCGGAAGCACCGUCGCGGCAAAAAAUCCAAAAUGCUGCCCAAGAAGACCAAGAAUCAGUACCCGCAGUGGAAGCUGGACAUGCCAGCCAAGGGUGCAGGGGGCGGCCAUGUGGAGGGGAAUCCCCGGCUGAGUUCUAGUCGAACCAAGCUGGUCCGCUCCAGAUCGCUGCUCGUGCCCUACAAUACUAAUCGUUUCUUGAUGGAGGAGCAUAUGUCCGAGCUACCCAAAGACGACUCCGACGACAAUUGCUUCAGCUCCCAGGCGGAGGACCAGGUGCUCUUCCUCUCCAAGGAGUUCUCCAAUGUCUACGAGAGGGCGCGGCUGGAGCGGUUGGAGACGAUGAGCAAGCAGGACUUGAUCCAGGAGUGCCUGGCAAUCGAGGACCGCUACUCCAAGGCUCAGAACGUUUCAAAGGAGUUUAGCGCUAAGAUACGAGCCCUGGAAGACAAGAUACGCCAGCUGACCAGGGAGAAUCAAUUGAUUCGCUCUCACUAUCUGCGGUCGUGCCCGACGUCAGCCGGACCGGCUGCAGCAGCCGCAGCCGCCGCCUCGCCACCUUCUGCGGUGGCGCCCACAGCCAGCUCCGCCCGAGAACUGCAAGCCAGGCAGCAACCACCGCAGCAGCCACAGGAGCUGCUUCAGCCAACGCCGAUGGACUCCUCGAGCGAGGAUAGCGAGAGUGACAGCAGCAGCACUACGUCCAGCACGUCCAGCAACUCCUCUUCGUCAAGCAGCGAUGGGCACGAAAUGGGCGUGGCAGGCUUGAACAUAGCCAACGGGCAUGCCGAACGGCACGAUAAGAGCCGCUCUCGCUCCCGAUCCCGUUCCCCGAUCCACCUAAAUGGGCACGCCAACGAGGAGGAACGUCAGGGCCUUCUGGACAACAACCAAAUGGAUGAGGACGACAAUUCCAGCGACGGCAUAAAGCAGGGCGAUGCUGAUGUAAAAUAAAGGGGAAAAGGUCCUCCCUAAGUGUAUAUAAAGAAGAAUACGUUUUGAUGUCCGGGGACCAUGUCCCAGGCAUCCAACCUUGUCUAGUUUUAAGCCAUCACCAUCAGCAUUUUGUCCAAAAUAUUCAUUAGCAUUAUGAGCCCCCCAAUGUAUUUUGUUGGCAUUCGAUCUGUAGAAUACUUUUAAAUUAAAACUUUAAAGACGUUGCCUCGAUUUUAAUGGAAUUUUAAAUGAAUCCGAUUUGUAGGAAAAUAAAACGUUUCGAUUGUGA